CUCUGCUACAUACAUACUCAUAUGCGCACACAUACGUACACCCAGCUAAUAUAGCUAUUUAUCUAUCUAUUUAUAAUACAGGGGAAACCGUUUACUGUAAUCGUAGACAUUAUUAUCAGUCGGUUAUUGAUAUCUAAAAAUAUUCAUCCCAAAGUAAUCACAAGUAGUAUUUAUAUACUUUCGGAUGAAGACAGUCAGCCGUCACUCGCGAUAGACUAUAGCUUGAUAACGUGUACCGUGCUUUCACUAAUUGUUUUAGGUACUUAUGAAGUAGCGAGCAUUAACACACCAUCGGUUCUUCAUCCUUGACCCAGCGACACGUCUGCGAUGUGAAAGUUGGAGGGUGAGUGAGAGGUGCAUGAUAAUUCGACUGGCUCUCUUUGAAGUCGAAUAGAAUGUUACAACGUGAAAGAAAAAAAGUAAUCGAACGCCCGACCGUAGACUCAUGAGCUAAAUACUCUAACCAAUAGGCCAAAUGUCUCUGUAAGACCCUUCUACCUCCCAUUUCGUUACCUUAUGCCUUAUCAUUCAGCGGACAUCCCAUAAUUCAACUUCCGUUGUGUCAGUAUACAAAGAUUUUAUAUCAUUUUCAAACUAUGAAUGACUUUCUGUAAAGAACUGUCAUUUAUUCUGUGAUAGCGUUCUGUGAACCCAAUUCCAUUGACAAGAAUACCAGAUGCCACUGGCAUGGAAGAAAUCUUUACUUCAGAUGUAUCAUUUAUAUUUGUCAUCUUUUAAAGUGUAAAUGAAGAUGUUGUACAGAACAGACGUAACCCUUUUUAUAUGAAUCUAGAGGUGGAGUUUCUGUGAACUGAGACUAAGAUCAAGACAUAUUGAGAAAGAAGUUUGCAGCAUUUUCAGAUAUUAAAAGGAAAAAAGAUUAAUGGAAAUAUAGCAGAAAUAUGUGUUAGGUAAAGAUAUAUAAAAGCAUAUGAGAAGAAAAAUAUCUGUAUACUGUUGUGAAAGAAAAUAUAUUAUGGAAAAUGAAUUAUGUGAGAAUGAGAGUAAAUGUAAAACAGAGUCUAUAGGAAAUGAUUUUCCUGUUAGAAGACCAAAAGAAAAAGGAAAAACAUACGAAUGUGAUAUCUGUAAAAAGUCAUUUUCCCAUAAAUGUAACCUAACUACUCACAGACGCAUUCAUACAGGAGAGAAACCAUAUAUAUGUAAUAUUUGUGGGAAAUCAUUCUAUGGAAGUAGUGACUUAACUAGACACAAACGUAUUCAUACAGGAGAGAAGCCAUAUCACUGCGAUAUUUGUGGCAAAUCAUUCUCUCAGAAGGAUCAGUUAACUAUACACAAACGUGUUCACACAGGAGAGAAACCGUAUUGUUGUGAUGUCUGUGGUAAAUCAUUCUCUCAAAGGAGUCCUUUAACUACUCACAAACGUAUUCACACAGGAGAAACCCCAUAUCAUUGUGAUAUAUGUGGUAAAUCAUUCUCUGUAACAGGACAUUUAACUACUCAUCAACAUAUUCAUACAGGAGGCAAGCCAUAUCACUGUGAUAUCUGUGGUAAAUUAUUCUCUAGAAGUAGUCACUUAACUACUCACAAGCGUAUACAUACAGGUGAAAAGCCAUAUUGCUGUGAUGUUUGUGGUAAAUCUUUCUCCAAAAGUGGUGAUUUAAUGCCUCAUAAACGUAUUCAUACAGGGGAAAAGCCAUAUCACUGUGAUAUCUGUGGUGAAUCAUUUUCUCGGAAAGGUGUCUUAAGUACACACAAACGCAUUCAUACAGGAGAGAAACCACAUCGCUGUGACACUUGUGGCAAAUCAUUCUCUCGAAGUAGUCACUUAGCUACUCAUAAAUAUAUUCAUACUGGAGAGAGGCCAUAUGACUGUGAUAUCUGUGGUAAAUCAUUCUCUGAAAGUAGUACCUUGACUAAACACAAACGUAUUCAUACAGGGGAGAAGCCAUAUCACUGUAAUAUUUGUGGCGAAUCUUUCUCUCGAAAAGGUAUCUUAACAACACACAAACGCAUUCAUACAGGAGAGAAACCAUAUAGCUGUGAUGUCUGUGGUAAAUCUUUCUCAGAAACAGGAAACUUAACUACUCACAAACGUAUUCAUACAGGAGAGAAACCAUAUCACUGUGAUAUCUGUGGUAAAUCAUUUUCUGAAAGUGGUAGCUUAACUAUACACAUACGAACUCAUACUGGAGAGAAACCAUAUUGCUGCAACAUCUGUGGUAAAUCAUUUUCUGAAGCACGAAACUUAACCACACACAAACGUAUACAUACAGGUGAGAAGCCAUAUCACUGUAAUAUCUGUGGAAAAUCAUUUUCUGAUAGUGGUACCUUCACUACUCAUAGACGUAUUCAUACAGGAGAGAAACCAUAUCAAUGUGAUAUCUGUGGUAAGUCAUUCCCCCGAAAAAGUCCCCUUACUACUCACAAAAAUAUCCAUACAGGAGAAAAACCAUACCAUUGUAAUAUUUGUGGUAAAACAUUUUCUCAUAGAAGUGCCUCAUAUGUACACAAACGGGUUCACACAGGAGAGAGGCCAUACCACUGUGAAAUUUGUGGUAAAUCAUUUUCUUUAAAAUCUUCCUUAACAACUCACAGAAAUAUUCAUACAGGAGAGAAGCCAUAUCACUGUGAUGUUUGUGGUAAAUCAUUCUCUCAAAAAAGUCACCUAAAUACUCACAAAAAUAUUCAUACAGGAGAGAAGCCUUACCACUGUGAUAUCUGUGGUAAAUCCUUCACAAAUAAAUGUAACCUAACUACUCACAGACGUAUUCAUACAGGAGAGAAGCCAUAUGACUGUGAUGUUUGUCAUAAAUCAUUCUCUCAAAAAGGUGAACUAACUAUUCACAUAAGGCUCCAUACAGGAGGGAAACCAUAUCACUGUGAUAUCUGUGGAAAAUCAUUCUCACAAAAAUGUCGCCUAACUAAUCACAGAAGUAUUCAUACAGGGGAGAAACCAUAUCACUGUGAUAUUUGUGGUAAAUCCUUUACAAUUAAAAGUAACCUAAUGAGACACAAAGACAUUCAUAAUGGAGUAAAACGAUAUUGCUGUAAUGUCUGUGGUAAAUCAUUCGUUCAAAGUGGAGAUUUAACUAAGCACAAACGUAUUCAUACAGGAGAGAAACCGUAUCACUGUGAUAUCUGUGGUAAAUCUUGCUCCACAAGUAGUGACUUAAUUAAACACAAACGUGUUCAUACAGGUGAAAAACCAUACCACUGUGAUAUCUGUGGUAAAUCCUUCUCUGAAAGUAGUUCCUUAGCUCCCCACAAGCGUGUUCAUACAGGUGAGAGGCCAUAUCACUGUGAUAUCUGUGGUAAAUCAUUUUCUGAAAGUGGUAGCUUAACUAAGCACAAAAACGUUCAUACAGGAGAGAAGCCAUAUCACUGCAAUAUUUGUGGUAAAUCAUUUUCUCAAAAUAAGGACUUAACAAAACACACAUGCAUUCCUACAAAGGAAAGAUCAUUCUCUGGAAGCUGUGAUGUAACUAGACCCAAGUAUUCUAAUUCAUAUGAGAAACCAUAUCAGUGUGAAGUCUGUGGUAAAUCAUUUUCACAUAGAAUCACCCUAACUAUGCACAAACGCAUUCAUACAGGAGAAAGACCAUAUCAAUGUGAUACUUGUGGGAGAACAUUCUUACGUAGAGGUAAUCUCACCAAUCACAUACGUAUACAUACACAAGAGAAACCAUAUCACUGUAGCAUCUGUGGUAAAUCAUUCUCAGAAAAAAAUAUCUUAACUCUGCACAAACUCAUUCAUGCAGGGCAGAAACCAUAUGACUGUGAUAUAUGCAGCAAGUCAUUCUCUCGGUGUUAUGACUUAACUAUACACAAACGCAUUCAUACAGGAGUUAAGCUACAUCACUGUGAUGUUUGUGGAAAAUCAUUCACGCAGAAAAGUGUCUUAGCUAUGCACAAACGUAUUCAUACAAUAGAAAAGCCAUACAAUUGUGAUGUCUGCAGUAUAUCAUUUUCUCAAAAAAAUGUCUUGACAUUGCAUAAACGUAUCCAUACAGGAGAGAAACCAUAUUCCUGCAAUAUCUGUGGUAAAUCUUUCUCCCGGUCAUAUGUCUUAAUUACUCAUAAGCGUGUCCAUACAGGAGAGAAGCCAUAUCACUGUGAGAUAUGUGGUAAGUCUUUCUCUCAUGGAAAUGCAUUAACUGUACACAAACGCACUCAUACAGGAGACAAACCAUUCCAAUGUAAUAUUUGUGGGUACUCCUUCUUUCAAAGUAGUGUCUUAACUAUUCACAAACGCACUCAUACUGGUGAGAAGCCAUAUGAAUGUGAUAUCUGUGAGAAGUCAUUCUCUCAAAGAAGUACUUUCAACAAUCACAAAUAUGUUCAUAGAGCAGAGAAGCUGUUCCUCUGUGAUAUCUGUGGUAAAUCAUUCUCUAGAAUUAUUCAGUUAACUAGACAUAGACGUCUUCAUACGGAAAAGUAACCAUAUCAGUGUGAUAUUUUAGGAAACUCAUUCUGUGGACAUGAAUGGCUUAACAUGACUCAAACAUAGUUAUACAGAAGAGAAGCCAUUAUCAGCAUAACAUUUCUGGUAAAUCAGUUUCUGUAAGUAGUGACAAAACAAGGCACAAAUAUAUUAAAAUAGAAGAGAAAUGAAAUUAUGAAAUCUGGGCAGAUGGGUAGAAACCUUAAACAAUUGUGAUACAAGAUGUCUUAUAAAAACACAACUGUAUUUACAUUUUUAAGAAAAUCAUUGUAUUGAAAUACUUGUAUGUAUUCCAUUUAACUUAUUUUCACAACAGAAAAAUAAUAUAUUCUUUUAUUAGUAGCAAGAUUCCUUUGUCAUAUGAUGGUUAAACAAUGUUUAUUUGAAUAUGUCUCUAAAUCUCAACUUGGUGUGAAUGCAAUAAGUGCUCUAUAAUUUGUGAAUCAUCAUUAUCAAUGUCCAUUCUACAUGGGUCAAACGUGUCAGUUAGAAGAUAUCACCACAGUUUCUGAAUCAUUUGGCAUCUGAACUUCAAUGCUAAGAAUCUUGUGUUCUGUCCUCAUUACAUUUUGUGAAUUUUCUAACCUGAGGUCUAAAUAAAUCUUAUUCACUCUUAAA